UAGGUUGGGUAAAGGUGUAUCUUACAAAUUACGAUAAUAGAAAUAUUCAAGGUUUGAAUUCACGACCUUUCGCUUGCGCUAAUAGUUAUGAUGGCCAAGUUUACUCUCUUAGCCAACACCAUGUUACAUAGGAGAAAAUCGUUGAUACCCUAUAAUCAUUAAGAUCUUGGACCUCUGAUUAUGGGGAUGGGAUUCGAGUGCAUAUCGGUCAAGUGUGCAGCAUGGCUAGUAAAAUACACAGUUGGGGGGACAUGCUUCAUUAUUUUGGGGGUUUUUUAAUCAUCCUUUGCUUGUGCGCUUUCCCUUGGCCCUGUGAUUGGAAAGAUUUUAAGAUUUGACCCAUUGGUGAAGAUUAAUAUUGGAUUUGGGUUAAUUUUACAUUUUUGUGUGUUGCUAAACAUGCGUCAGAUGUGGCGGUGCCAUGCUAUUAAAGUAAUUUUCUGCAUUUGAUAUAUAACCAAUUGUACGCGCUCCGAUGGGUGCGAGUAGGGGAGUAGAUUCUUUCUUUUGCAGAAACCUUGGUGUAGUGUCAUUUCUGGUUUGUGAAUUGUAGGAUGCGCAUUACUAGGCUCCCCAAAGUCCCAAUAGAAGACCAAAUCAAACUCUAUCUUCGUCGCUUCAAAUAUUCAAAUUUCCGUUGACACCUUUAAACAUUCUUCCUUCCUCACUAUAUCACUCGAUUCUUGCACUAUUUUAUUGAUAUAUGAUCUUGCAAACCAAAUUGAAUUUGCUGCAAUUGGUGCUUACAACCUUCUCCUUCCUUUCGUCGAACCCAGUUUUUGAGAGGUCGUCUCAGACUUGGGAAUUGCCGCUUCCAAAAAUCCCGGUUACGGCUUCUCCGGCGGACCCAGAUGGAUAAAGAGCCUCUACUUCCAUAUUUGAGCCCCAGGAAGAGAAACCCUCCACCGCCUCUACACCCUCUUCCCGAGGACGGUGAAAUUUCUCUUCCUCUCCCUCUAACUCCAUCUGAACUCAAGGACCGACUCAUCUUUGGCCCUUCGUCUUCCUCUCCCCGAGAUGCUUCUCCUAUUGUUGAUGCCUUGAAUAUGUCUCUUAAUUCCUAUAGACCCUCCUCUUCUUCUCUCCUUCACGAACCUCCUGUUCCAGAAUCCAUAUCACCGUCGCUGCAGCAAUCUUGGCUUAUUGAUCCUAAUUUCUUAUGGAAAAAGACCAAUCUGCACAGGUCCAAGACAGCUCCUGCUAUGGCUACGAUCAAUGAACUUAAUCAUCCUGUUAAUUCCAAGCCCAAGUUGGGGUCCCAAUCUAUUAUUCGCCAAGCGGUCAUUCUCUUAUUGUUAUACUUGUCAUUGGGUGUUCUAAUAUAUUCAUUCAACCGCCAUAACUUCUCUGUGAGUGAAACUCACCCAGUUGUUGAUGCAUUGUACUUUUGCAUUGUGACCAUGUGCACAAUUGGUUAUGGAGAUAUCACCCCUAACAGCACAUCCACCAAGUUGUUUUCCAUAAUGUUUGUGUUGGUGGGUUUCGGUUUUGUUGAUAUUCUGCUUACUGGGAUGGUUGGUUAUGUGCUUGAUUUGCAAGAAAAUUAUUUGCUGCAACAUGUGAAACGUGGGGGUGAAAAGGAAUCUGCAGGUUCUUAUAUAAUUGAUGUGAAGAAAGGAAGGAUGAGAAUACGAAUGAAGGUGGCAUUGGCAUUGGGGGUUGUGGUUCUUUGUAUUGGGAUAGGAGUAGGUGUGAUGCAUUUUGUAGAGGAACUUGAAUGGUUAGAUUCAUUUUACCUUUCAGUUAUGUCGGUCACAACCGUAGGUUAUGGAGACAGAGCAUUCAGGUCACUUCCGGGUCGCAUUUUUGCUUCCAUUUGGUUGCUUGUAUCCACUCUUGCAGUUGCUCGAGCAUUUUUGUAUUUAGCUGAGGCAAGAGUUGAUAGGAGGCAGAGGAGGAUGGCGAAAUGGGUGCUUGGUCAUGAUAUGACUGUCUCUGAGUUUCUUGCCGCGGAUAUUGACAAUAAUGGGUUUGUGAGCAAAUCCGAAUAUGCCAUAUACAAACUUAAGGAAAUGGGGAAGGUGACAGAGAAAGACAUUCUGCUGAUUUGCAAACAAUUUGAUCGGCUAGACACUGGCAAUUGUGGGAAGAUAACUCUUGCGGAUCUCAUGGAGAGUCAUCAGUGAUAAAAAUAUUAAAAAAAAAUAAUUCAAAAAAUCAUUGUGGGGGUUUCAUCUGCAUAAAAUGUAACUCCUGAAAAUUACCGUCUAGAGACGAGUCAAUAAAUCAAGCGCUGGAUCAUAGUUCGGCCCCAGUGAUGAUUCUGGUAUGGUAUAAACAUAAUAUGUCAUAUUAGCUGGUACCAUUAGCUUAUGCAUACAUGGGCUAUGCAAUCACUUCACGCUCUCUCUGUGUUCAGAUAAGGGGUAAUGCAUCAGUUUCUGCUUAUUCUGUUAGCCAGCCAAUUGUGGAAGCCAAUCAACUUUGAAGCUGCCAUAUUUUCUGAGACACAAAGCUCUUGAUAGCAUUAGUUGAUCCAAAAAAUGGUGGGAUAUGGACAGACAAACGUAAGUUGGUCUGUUAAUUGUUAUGUAUUCUUUGGCAGGUAGAACACGUUUCUGUUGGUGAUUAAGUUUAUUUUUUUUGGUAGAGAAUCUGCAUAAAGGUGAGGUUCAGUGAUUUAACAAAGAACCUGGUGUCAUAAUUUGCACUUCAUUACAUAGAAGUUGAUCUCUCUUUUACAAGCACAUGGUGUUUUCAGAUCUAUUUGACAGUUUUAUGGAAGUUCCUCUUUUUUUCUCACUUUCU